UGCAGAGCGAUCUUUUUUUCGUAAACGUGUUUUUUUUUGCAUUUGCAGGCGCGUGCGCGUGCCGACGUAUGAAAAAUGCUGAGAAAGAAGGUGUACAAGCACUCUGAUCAAUAGAAGCAGCCUAAAAUCAUGCAGAAGUUCCUGACGGAGUGCAGCGAGCAAACCUCGCGGAGGGCGUUGAAGACGCGCGCGACCGCAAACGACCGCGGGUCGGGUUGGUUGCCUAAGCUCGUGCCGGAUCCGCCGUCAAAGUCAGACGAUGUGGACAUCGGGAAUGAUAAAGUCAACAAGGGCAGCACACCAACCUCAAUUAGCAGCCGCAUCAAGGAAAAGGAAUUGCAGCGACUCCCACGGCCUGUGGAUCUGGCUCCGACAGGCUUGGUGAAAAAGUUCAGCAACGGCGUUGCGAAAAGAACGCCGUCUGGUAUCGCGCCAACAAGCGUGGUCUCGAAGCCAGCACGGAGUAGCGGACGAUCGGUGCGGACCAGAGGUGUUGAGCAACCGGGCGAAGGUGUGCUUCUCGACGGACGCGCGCCGCCGCCGGGUCUGAAUCAGGGUGCUACACCGGACUACGAUGAAUUGGACGGAGGUAUCGAGAUUGCCUGGACCACAACGGCCACGGGAAGUCGCAGUCAUUCCACGGCGGCCACGCCUUCCGCUUCGUCGUCCCGGAAGUCCUCCUUUCUGCUGCAAAACCAGGCAGGAAAUGAAAACACCCUCUUCGGCGCGUCCAGCUUUACCGAUGCCAGUACAUCAGCAGUAAAGCAGGACGAGCUAUUUCGUGUGCAAGGUCUGUCGAGAGGACAACAGGAGCCGAUGGAGCCGGGUAGUGUUUCGCGUUCGACGGAGCUGGUGGGUAACAAGAGGCGAGGAAGUACGACCGGUGCAGCUGGGGAGAAGAUAGUCAGCGACAGCCGGGAAAGUAGCAAAGGUUCAUCAUCAACAUCCCAGAGCGUUCAUUCCACCUAUUCCGCCGUGCGGUCGCGCAUCGAAAGAAGCAAUUCGUUGCAGGGCUUGCUGGAAAAAGACACCACGUCCUCGACAGAAGAGCAUGUUGCGGACCAAAAGGUCAUCAGCGAAAAUGUCGCUGUCCCUGCGACAGAAGAUGACACCACACAGACAGAGGCAGACGGGCAAGACAGCGAUGAGUCCUUGACGCUGACGGAGCGGGUUGCGCGAGCCAAAGCGUUGCUGCCCUCGGACGUAGUUGUCGAGCCGAGUACUGAUGGAAGAAGUGACUCGAUUGGUAAUGCCAAACUUGUGGGGGUCGCGGCAUCUCUUGCAAGGGGGACGGGCGGGAACCACGUCGCUGGAAAUAAGGUGAAAGCGCCUGCCUCCAGUGCCGUGGCGGAACUGGAGCAGUGGACACCGCCGGUUAUGGACGUGUCGGCGAUUCGGUCCUACUUGGCGCAGAAGAAGCCGCCGGUACCAACGAAGUCGUCGCCCGGGAUCAUCGAAACACACGGUAGUCUGCGAGAUCGGCUCGCCUUAGCGGAUGGCGCAGCAGAUUCUGACAAAGAUGAAUCCAGUUCGACGUCGCACUUCAGUCAUGAUCUGGGUCGUGAGCCGAGCGCUGUUGGGCAUCCUGGCGCGACGAGCAAAUCUUCUACCCUGGCGGCGGGCAGCACCACUCGGUCGAGUUUUGUAUUGGGUGCGAACUAUAAUUCUGAUCGAAUCCGCAGCACAACUCCAGAUGGGGCAAGUGACGGCGCGGGAGGCCUGAGGGCGAAGGGGACCGCGAGUGGGAGCGUAGACACGCAGCACGCAUCAGGUAAUAUUAUGGCCUCUACUUCGAGAAGUGCAAGUGCAGCACCACCUCCUGCGACAUCAACUCGUGCGAAUACUACCACUGCAUCGCUGGCCGUCACGGCGGCGGCCUUGCAGCAGACUUUUUUCAUGCCAAACAAAAUGAAAAAGCAGGGCAGCGUAAGGCUCGCGGCGCAGGCGGACCGCUCCUACGAUGAGAAGCUCAAGAGCUACAAGAAGACGCUGACGCUGGCGCAGAAGCUGGCGUUGGCGGACAAGCCCGCGGAACCGCUGCAGGAGAGCCAGUGGGAGGUUUUUCAGCGCCCGGUCCGGGAAAAAUUCCUCCGAGAAAUCGACCACAAGUGUCCGAUCUGUAUCCAGCCCUACGGGAACCCGGCGAAGCGGCCACAGGUAAUCUUGAACCCGUGCGGUCACGUGUACCACCGCACGUGCUUGCAAAGCUACGAGAAGUUUUGCGAGAAGGCGCAGUGCCCGUUGUGUCGCUGCGAGUACGCGGAGUGCGCGCUUUUCUGCGCAGAGGUCGUGGUACCAGCAGCUUGUGCUAGUGCCGCCCUCGUCGUGUCGGAAGGGUCUACUUCUGAAGAUGGGCAGAACCACGCUCUGGAGACGUCGUUGUUUUCCCAGCAAUCCGCGCUGCGGCUGCAACGCUUUUUCCGUGGGUACCUGGUGCGGCGCGACGCCUGGUAUUUCUUCGGAAGCAGCACCGCUGGCCGGAACAAUGAGGCGCGGAGGAUGAAUCCGGGCGCUGUACGAAUGUUCUUCCACCCGUUGUCGAAUCACUUUCUCGCACCGCGGCUGUGGCAGAAGACGCGGUUACGGUUGUUGCAGCGCGAGCGCGAACGGUUUCAGCCGGCGGCGGGGACGGAGGACCUGGAUGCCUUGUUUUCCGAAAUCGACGACAGCGUGCACGCGGCGCGCAAGAUCCUCCGGGAGUGCCUUCCCGGUGCCGCGGCGGCCACCGCAAAAAUCAACGCUCCUCUCGAGCCCGACAAGUGGGAAUGGGCCAAGCAGCAGUGUGUCGACCGAGGCUUCCCGCACUACGAAUGUAAAGACUUGUUGUUUAAGUACGCGGCAGUUUUUCAUCACGAAGUCAAAAGGAUAAUGGUUGUUGCCUUCGUUUCGUACUACUAGUUGUACCUUCGCAUUUUACUAGGAAGUAGAACACUUUAGCUUGCAAAAAAACAUCAAAACAGGCCCGAUUUGCUACAUCGACUUGGCGCAGCAGGGCGUGGGGAUCGAGUUGUUGGCAUGUGGCCACGCCUACCACCACCUGUGUAUUGUGAGUUUUGAGUCUUUCCAGACGAGCAAAGAGGAUUUCAAGUGCCCGGUUUGCCGUCAGGGGCCUUACCAGCGCAAGCGCUGGAAGUUCGGCAAAAAGCAAGCCCAGUCCCUGCUAUGUCUCCCGGUGGAGGCUGAGGUGGUGCAGUAGGAAGGCUGCGCCGGUGUUACAGUAAGUGCUACGAGGACUCUAAGCCCUCACAUACGGUGGAGAGGAGUGCGUUUGUGGCCACUGCACGGUCGUCAGGCAAGCAACGUGCUGCUGUUCCCCCGCCACUUUUCUUUGGAUGCUUCGUGCACUCGAUUUCUCUAUGUUCUUCUAUUCUGUGCUGGAAAUGUCGCGAUCGCCCGCGGUUCAGCAAGUGUGCGAGCAGGGCUUACCAGAAAGCUGUCG